AUGAUGGAAGACCUCCGUCGCGUCUAUCUCUUCGGUGACCAAACCAUCAGCUGCGACGAAGGGCUGCGAAACCUCCUGCAGGCCAAAAACCACACCAUCGUCGCCUCGUUCUUCGAAAGAUGCUUCCAUGCGCUGCGUCGCGAAAUCUCUAAGCUUCCGCCUUCUCAGCGCAGCCUCUUCCCUCGAUUCACCAGCAUCGCCGACCUCCUCGCCCGGCACCGCGAAUCAGGGACAAACCCGGCGCUGGGGAGUGCGUUGACAUGCAUCCAUCAACUGGGAUGCUUUAUCGACUACCAUGGUGACCGUGGACACCCCUAUCCCUCAGCCGAGGACAGCCUUCUCCUGGGGUCAUGCACAGGACUUCUCAGUUGUGCCGCAGUCAGCUCCUGCAGAAAUGUAGGAGAGCUGCUCCCCCUCGCGGUGGAGGUUGUUGCAAUGGCAAUCCACCUGGGUCUGUGUGUCAUGACAGUCCGGGAUCUUGUGGACUCGUCCUCAUCCUCAACCGGCAGCUGGUCAGUUCUCGUGUCCGACCUUAACGAAGAGGAUGCGAUCAAUCGAAUCGCCCAAUUUCAUGAAAAGCGAGGAAUCAACCCCUCGUCUCGACCAUAUAUCAGCGCAGUUGGCUCCAAGGGUCUCACCAUCAGCGCACCACCGGAAAUCCUGGAUGAGUUCAUCGAAGAAGCGCUUCCAAAGGAAUGCAAGCACUUCAAAGCUCCCGGAGUCCACGGUCCUUACCACGCACCUCAUCUGUACAAUGAGCGAGAGAUCCAGAGCAUGCUCGACUCCUGUUCCGAUAUGAUCUCAAACUAUGCACCUCAUAUUUCUUUGCUUUCAAGUAACACAGGAAAGACAGUCCAGGCACAGAGCACGCGUGAUCUGCUAAAGGUGGCCUUGGAAGAGAUCCUCGUGCGCAGAAUCUGCUGGGACAAAGUCACCGAAUCCUGUCUGUCGAUCGUCCAGUCUACCCCAGGCAAGCUGUGGAAGAUCCUUCCCAUUGCUAGCAGCGCGACUCAAGGUCUAGCGACUGCGCUUCAACGCGUGGGUAAUUGCAGAGUCGAGGUCGACACCGGGGUUGGUGCUCCACAGAUGGACCCCGCCGCGCUCAACCAGACUGGCAACACGUCCCGGUCCAAGAUUGCUAUCAUCGGCAUGUCCGGUCGUUUCCCCGAGGCAGACGGGGUUGAGGCGUUCUGGGACCUACUCUACAAGGGCCUCGACGUCCACAAAACAGUGCCUCCUGAUCGAUGGGACGUCGAUGCGCACGUGGAUUUGACUGGUACAAAGAGAAACACCAGCAAAGUCCCGUUCGGCUGCUGGAUCAACGAGCCUGGAAUGUUCGAUGCUCGUUUCUUUAACAUGUCGCCCCGUGAGGCGCUUCAGGCCGAUCCCGCUCAGCGUUUGGCAUUGCUGACAGCUUACGAAGCGCUGGAGAUGGCCGGGUUUAUUCCUAACAGCACUCCGUCCACUCAGAGAGAUCGGGUGGGCAUCUUCUACGGCAUGACCAGUGAUGAUUAUCGUGAGAUCAACAGCGGCCAGGACAUUGAUACAUACUUUAUCCCCGGCGGCAACCGUGCCUUUACCCCUGGCCGAAUCAACUAUUAUUUCAAGUUCAGCGGACCCAGUGUUAGUGUCGACACGGCCUGUUCGUCGAGUCUUGCGGCUAUCCACCUGGCCUGUAAUGCGAUCUGGAGAAAUGACUGCGACUCGGCCAUCACUGGUGGAGUGAAUCUGCUGACCAACCCAGACAACCAUGCCGGUCUGGAUCGUGGGCAUUUCUUGUCUCGGACUGGAAACUGCAACACCUUCGACGAUGGUGCGGAUGGGUACUGCCGUGCUGAUGGAGUCGGUAGCAUUGUCCUGAAGCGGCUUGAAGACGCAGAGGCUGAUAACGAUCCCAUCCUCGGAGUCAUCAACGCUGCUUAUACGAACCACUCCGCUGAGGCUGUCUCGAUCACUCGACCCCAUGUCGGAGCCCAGGCCUUUAUCUUUAACAAGCUGUUGAACGACACCAACACCAACCCUCACGAGGUCAGCUAUGUGGAAAUGCACGGAACUGGCACCCAGGCUGGCGACGCAGUCGAGAUGCAGUCGGUUCUCGACGUGUUUGCGCCUGAUUGCCGUCGAGGCCCUGCAAACUCCCUCCACCUGGGCUCGGCCAAAUCCAACGUCGGGCAUGGCGAAUCCGCCUCUGGAGUGACAUCGCUAGUUAAGGUGCUGUUGAUGAUGAAGCAGAACAUGAUUCCGCCUCACUGCGGCAUCAAGACCAAGAUCAACCAUAAUUUCCCCACGGAUCUUGCCCAGCGAAAUGUCCACAUCGCACUGAAGCCCACUCCAUGGACCAGACCAGUGUCAGGCAAGCGGAAGAUGUUCCUCAACAACUUCUCCGCGGCAGGCGGAAACACGGCCCUGCUGCUGGAGGAUUCUCCGCUGCGCGAAAUCACUGGACAGGACCCUCGCAACGUGCAUGUGGUGUCCGUAACAGCGCGGUCGCAAAGUGCGCUCAAGCGCAACAUUAACGCCUUGAUCAAAUACAUCGAUACGCACGCGCCAUCAGCACCGGCAAAUGAGAAGAGAUUCCUUGCCAGUCUGGCCUACACCACUACUGCACGUCGCAUUCAUCACCCCUUCCGAGCCACUGCGGUCGGGGCGACCGUGAAAGACAUCCGGGAUGCCCUGCGUCAGCGCGCUGAUCAAGAAAGCACCACUCCUGUCCCCGCGACGGCACCCAAGGUCGGUUUUGUGUUCACCGGCCAGGGGGCUCAGUACAGCGGGAUGGGUAAGCAGCUGUAUGAGGACUGCGCGACGUUCCGAAGCAUUAUCCACCGCUUCGACUGCAUUGCUCGCAGCCAGGGAUUCCCGUCAAUCAUUCACUUGAUCGACGGGAGUGUUCCCGUGGAAGGACUGAGCCCAGUGGUGACGCAGCUUGGAACAACCUGCCUUCAGAUGGCGCUGGUCGACUACUGGAGAGGCUUGGGUGUCAGCCCCGCCUUUGUGUUAGGUCACAGCCUGGGUGAUUAUGCGGCGUUGAAUGCUGCCGGUGUCUUGUCCACAAGUGACACGAUAUACCUGUGUGGUCGUCGUGCGCAGCUCCUCACGGAGCAGUGCCAGAUGGGAACUCAUGCCAUGCUCGCGGUCAAGGCAGCCCUGUCGGACAUCCAACAUUUGCUCGAUGCAGAGGCUCACGCCGUUGCCUGCAUCAACGGGCCAACAGAGACGGUGAUCAGUGGUCUUAGCGGCCACAUUGAUGAACUGGCAGAGCAGCUCACGGGCCAGAGUCUGAAAUCCACUAAGCUCAAGGUGCCAUUUGCUUUCCACUCAGCCCAGGUGACUCCAAUUUUGGACCCAUUCGAGGAUAAGGCCCAGGGUGUUGUGUUCCACAAGCCAUCGGUCCCUUUUGUCUCGGCCCUUACAGGAGAGGUCAUCACCGAGGAAAACUACGAAGUGCUUGGUCCCAGGUAUAUGGUGAAGCAUUGCCGCGAAACUGUCAACUUCCUGGGCGGGCUGGAGGCGACUCGGCACGCGAAGUUGAUGAACGAAACCACAGUCUGGCUGGAGGUCGGAUCCCAUCCCAUCUGCAGCGGAAUGAUCAAAUCCACUUUCGGCCCGCAGGCUACCACAGUUGCUUCGCUUCGCCGUGACGAGGAUCCGUGGAAAAUCAUCUCUAACAGUCUCUCGACUCUGCAUCUCGCGGGUGUCGAGCUGAACUGGAAGCAGUUCCACCAGGGUUUUGACUCGGCUCAUGAGGUGCUCAACCUGCCCCGUUACAGCUGGGAUCUUAAGAACUAUUGGAUUCCGUACACGAACAACUUCUGCCUCACCAAGGGUGCUCCUGUUGCGGCGGAGGCGUCGGCGCCAAAGUCCACGUUCCUCACCACUGCUGCACAGAAAAUCGUCGAGAAUCGGGAUGAUGGAACCAUGGCAACACUGGUGGUCGAGAAUAACAUUGCCGAUCCCGAUCUCAACCGUGUUAUUCAAGGCCACAAGGUGAACGGAGUCGCUCUCACUCCUUCGUCUCUCUACGCGGAUAUUGCGCAAACUCUUGUCGACCACUUGAUCACCACGUACAAGCCAGAGCUGCAGGGCCUGGGCCUGGACGUGUGUGACAUGACCGUGCCCAAACCACUCAUCGCCAAGUCUGGGGACCAGUUCUUCCGGAUCUCAGCUGUCAUGAACUGGGCGGACAAGAAGGCAGCUGUCCAAGUCUACUCCGUGAAUGCAGAGGGCAAGAAGAUGAUCGAGCAUGCGAACUGCACCGUCAAGUUGUUUGACUGUGCCGAUCGUGAGAUGGAGUGGAAACGCAUCUCCUACUUGGUUAAGAGAAGCGUGUCCCUGCUGCAAGACAAAGCUCAGACCGGCGAGGCUCACCGGAUGCAACGCGGCAUGGUGUACAAACUCUUCGCUGCACUGGUCGACUACGACGAGAACUUCAAAUCCAUCCAGGAGGUGGUGCUAGACAGCAAGCAACAUGAGGCCACAGCUAAGGUCAAGUUCCAGGCUCCGGCGGGUAACUUCCACCGCAACCCCUUCUGGAUCGACAGCUUUGGCCACUUGUCUGGCUUCAUCAUGAACGCCAGUGAUGCCACAGACUCGAAGAACCAGGUCUUUGUUAACCAUGGCUGGGAUUCGAUGCGCUGUCUGAAGAAGUUUUCCGCCGACGCCACCUAUCAGACAUAUGUCAAAAUGCAGCCAUGGAGGGACUCCAUCUGGGCUGGUGACGUCUAUGUCUUUGAGGGGGAUGACAUUAUCGCCGUUUAUGGAGGAGUAAAGUUCCAAGCCUUAGCCCGGAAGAUCCUCGACACUGUCCUUCCUCCAGUCGGGGCCGCCAAAGCAGCCAGUGCACCGAUUCAGACCACACCGCAGAAGUUAACGCCCGCCCCCAUCAAGGUCAAGGCUCCUCCAAAGGUUGCGCGGAGCAACAAGCCAGACUCGGCAGCUUCCCGUGUUGUGGCCCGCGCCCUCGAGAUUCUGGCCGCCGAGGUUGGCUUGUCCGAAUCCGAAAUGACCGACGGUCUCAACUUCGCCGACUAUGGAGUCGACUCGCUGCUCUCUCUCACCGUCACGGGUAGAUACCGUGAGGAAUUGAACCUGGAUUUCGAGUCCUCUGUGUUCAUGGAUUAUCCCACCAUCAAGGAUUUCAAGGCCUAUCUGGCGGAGAAGGGCUUUGCGGACGUCAGUAGCCCUGAGCCGUGCAGCGAACCCGAAUCCAAAUAUUCCUUCAACAGCGACGCCUCGUCCGAGGCGUCCAGUGGCCUGACCUCUCCUGGAAUCGCUUCUCCCGUCAAGGAAGAUGUCGUUUCGCCUGGAGACAGCAAGGUUUGGUCCAGCAUUUGCAGCAUCCUCGCGGAAGAAAUCGGCGUCGCGGUCGGAGACAUUGAUCCGAACGACAACCUGCCCGAGAUGGGGAUGGAUUCGUUGUUGUCAUUGACGGUGUUGGGCCGCAUCCGCGAGACCCUCGAUAUGGAUUUGCCGGCGGAGUUCUUCCUCGAAAACCCUACCCUCGAUGCAAUCCAAGUCACUCUGGAUCUGAAGCCCAAGGCUGCACCCCAGGCGACACGGGCCCCCGAGCGCAUCCAACUCCCGGAGAUUAUCACGAACAAGAAGCUCAAGACGACUCAACAUCCCCCCGCGACCUCGAUCUUGUUGCAAGGCAACCCGCGCACUGCCACGAGCAAGCUCUUCUUGUUCCCUGAUGGUUCUGGCUCCGCCUCCUCCUACGCCACAAUCCCCGCUCUGUCUCCGGAUAUCUGUGUCUACGGUCUCAACUGCCCCUACAUGAAGACACCGCAGAACCUCAAAUGCAGCCUCGAGGAACUUACCGAGCCAUACUUGGCGGAGAUCCGCCGGCGUCAACCUACUGGACCCUACAACUUCGGUGGCUGGUCGGCUGGCGGAAUCUGUGCCUUUGAUGCGGCCCGUCAGCUGAUUCUGGAGGAAGGGGAGGUCGUGGAGCGGCUCCUCCUGCUCGACUCUCCCUUUCCCAUUGGCCUGGAGAAGCUGCCUCCCCGCCUAUACGGCUUCUUCAACUCGAUCGGUCUCUUUGGGGACGGCAAGAGGGCACCUCCCGAUUGGUUGCUGCCGCACUUCCUGGCCUUUAUCGAUUCGCUGGACGCCUACAAGGCUGUUCCGCUCCCGUUCACGGAGAGCGCAUGGGCCGAUAAGAUGCCCCAGACGUAUCUUAUCUGGGCCAAGGAUGGCGUCUGCGGCAAGCCAGGCGACCCCCGGCCGGAGCCCCCAGCGGAUGGCUCCAAGGACCCGCGGGAGAUGCAAUGGCUGCUCAAUGACCGCACAGAUCUGGGUCCCAACAAGUGGGACACUCUGGUGGGGUCCGAGAACAUUGGGGGAAUCCAUGUGAUGGAGCAAGCGAAUCACUUCACAAUGACGACAGGAGAGAAGGCGAAGGAGUUGUCUGCGUUCAUGGCGCAGGCGAUGAGCUCCUAG